AUGGCGAAUAGCUCUGUCGAAAGUUAUGUGCAGCUGUUCCAGAUAACCCUGUACAUUCCAACAUUUGUCCUGGGAUUGCUGUUCAAUAUGAUGGCUUUGUGGUUUGUCUUUUGUAAGAUCAGGAAACUGACAGAAUCAACAAUCUACCUGGUGUCACUUAUUACUCUGGAUACCUUGCUGCUGUUUACUCUUCCUUUUAAAAUCAUUUCCUAUGGCUCCCAGGACAAGUGGAACUUGGGGUCGACAUUCUGCUCAUUCCUGGAAAGCCUUUACUUUGUGAACAUGUAUGGGAGCAUUCUCAUCUCCCUAUGUAUAUGUGUGGACCGAUAUAUUGCCAUCCGACAUCCAUUCUUAGCCAUUUCCCUGAGAUCCACCAAGAAAGCUGCUAUGGUCUGUUCCAUCGUCUGCUUGGGUGUGUGGGCUGGAACUUCCUUUACUUACCAAUUCCAUGAUAGCACAAUUACUACCUGCUUCCAUAACUUCUCUAAUAAAAUAUGGGAAAACCCAGGUGUGCUUGUCACCUUGGAGAUUGCCUUUCUUGGCAGCAUGACAGCAAUGAUCUUCUGCACAGCUCAGAUCAUCAUAUGCUUGAAAAGGAGCAGAAAGCCAGACGAACCCCUUACUGACACAAGUAAAUCAGUGAAGAUAGUCAUGGCAAACCUAGCCACAUUUGUUGUCUGUUUCACCCCUUUCCAUGUGGCAUUGAUCUUGUAUUAUUUGGUAAAAAGAGAGGUCAUCACAAGCAAUCUUCUGCAAAUCUUACGGUCUUUUGUUCAGAUCAGCCUCUGCUGGGCUAACCUCAACUGCUGCCUGGAUGCAAUUUGCUAUUAUUUUGUCCUUAAGGAGUUUUUGAAAUCCCCACCUCAGGAGAGCGAGAUAACAACCAACAGUAGUUAA